AUCGCUACAAGAGUUUGAAUAGAAAAAUCUUCACAGAAGCUUUCGCAGUUUUCACCCAUGCGUGCAAAGAUAAAAUAAACGACAGUCGCUGAAACCCAAAAACAAAACCAAAUAAAAGCAAAAACGAAACAAAACAAAAAAAAAAAAGAACUACAACAAAAGGGUGACCACCAUAUCUACUUCUUCUUCUUCAUUUCUCUGCAAAACAAAGGAGAAAUAAAAGCUACCCAGAGAGACGAGUGAGAGGAAGAUUAAUAAAAGAUGAAGGUGUUGGCAAAGCCCAUGUCGAGUCCGGGUCGGGCUGAGAAGUAUCCGCCACCGUUGAUGCGGUUCUUGAGAAGCAAUGUUGGGAGCAGAAGCAGAGGGAGGUCACGUUCAAGUCCAAUGUUUGUGCUCCGGAAGAAGACUGCCGCCAUCGAAACUCAAGAGCCCACUUCGCCGAAGGUCACAUGCAUGGGCCAGGUCCGGGUCAGACGGUCAAAACAACCCGGUAAACGGACAGGAGCCCCGACGACUAAACGGCGGUGUAAGUGGUUAAACAAAGCCUUCUUUUGCCUCCAUUUUGAUGGGAAAAUCAAGCCCAAGUCGUUGAAACCAGUUUGGCCCAAGUGGGUAAGGUUCUGUCGUAUGAGUUUCCGAAGCAAAAGUAAAAUUAGAGAGGAAUCAUCGAAAACAGAAUCGAAAUUUGGCAGUAAAAGUGAAGACUUUGUUCAAGAAGAAGCUGAAGAAGAAGAAGAUACUAAGGUGUUCGUGUCAUCUUCUUCUACACCGCCAAGAAAUGCAUUGUUGUUAACAAGGUGUAGAUCUGCACCCUACAGGUCAUCAUCGUUAGCCAGUAGGUUUUGGGGGUCGCCAUUGGCAAGCAAAGAAACAGAGAAAAAUGAGGCAAGCACAACAACAAGAACAGAGCCGCAAAACAGAGGAAACGAGAAUCCCACAUCGGGAAGAGAGUCCAAUUGCAGAGAUUCGGAUCAAGAAUCGAGAAUGGAUCCAGAAACUGGGGAAAAGUUGGAGCUUUUCAAAGAAUUUGAUGCUCCAAUCAGUAAAAUUAGAGAAAAAUUCAUGAAAUCCGAAGAACUGAAAACAGAGGACAUGGUAACUGUUCGGCCUUUGAUGCUCACUAGGUGUAAAUCCGAGCCGGCGAGAACCGGAGAAAGGCUCGAUCCAGAUAUGAUUUUUUUGGAUAAAAGAAGAUAGAGAUCUGCUGUGGGGUAGAUCCAGGAUUCAAGCGCUGAGCUCUCAUCAAGCUCAAGCUAAGCUCAAGAUCAACUCCUUGUUAGUGUCGUCACACGGGAGCUCUCCCCAUCAGCUUUUUUUUUUCUUCUUUGACCUUUUUUUUUUUUGGUUCCUUUCUUUCUCUGUUGUUACUGUUCAUCAGCUCAAGUAGCGCCAUCUUGCGCUGGUCUUUGUUUGCGCUUAGAAAUGGCAAGUAUUAGUACUUGGUGGGUCAUAGCUUUCCUUUUUUUUUUUUUGGUCAAAUGAAAUUUACUCAUUUUGAUGAUUAAAACCUGAAAUAAUGUCAUUUUAAGAGAAAAUAUGUGAUCUAAGCAAUACCCCAUUAUAUCAGAAUAGAAGGUUAAACGU